AUGAUUAAAAACGGAAAAUUUUUUUAUUUAAAACAUUUAACGAAAUUAUUUGUGAUUUCUAUGCUCCUGAUUCACGUCAUCGAAUGUGCUAGAGGUGGUGGUGGUGGUGGUGGUAGGCGUGGAGGUGGAAGAAAAGGUACAAAAUACGGUAUGAGAAUUCCUGCUCUCAUAAGGCACAGAAAUCAAGAAUCGGGAAAUUAUUACGAAAAUAAAGACGGUGCUCGAAUAGUUAAAUCCUCACAUUUCGAAUUGGAUUACAUGUUGGGUAGAAAAAUAACGUUUUUUUGCAUGGCAAAAGGAUUUCCCAGACCGCAGAUCACGUGGUUCAAAGAUGGCAUCGAAUUGUACGCUCAUAAAUUUUUCCAGGUUCACGAAUGGCCACUGGGAAACGACACGAUGAAAUCUAAAAUGGAAAUCGAUCCGACAACUCAAAAAGAUGCUGGAUAUUACGAAUGUCAAGCAGAUAAUCAGUAUGCAAUAGACAGACGAGGUUUCAGAACGGAUUACGUAGUUUACACUUAUUGA